AUGGCGGAGAUGUUCCAAGGUGGGGUCCACCGAGCUAGUAGAAUCAGAAGAGCUGUUGUGAUCGGAAAUGGGUUCGCGGGUGCAGAGAAUCAGAGCAUUGGUCUGGUUCGUGCUCUGGACCUCUGGGGUCGUCAAUCCCUCUACCGUGUUACUCGGCCAAAAGGAGGAAUUAAUGAAUGGCUUCACUGGCUUCCACUUUCUCUCCAUAGAAAAGUCAUGCCUCUUCCUGCUGAAAGAACAGGCCUCUCAUCUGAUGUUUUGGAAGCUGAUGCAAAGCAGAUUGCAGAAAUGGCUCGUCAAACAUUUGACACAGACGGCCCGUUGCUGGUGGUUGCAUCUGGCCGGGAUACCAUUCCUGUUUCAAGCGCCAUAAAACAUUUAGCUCCAGAAAAUGUUUUUGUUGUCCAGAUACAACAUCCAAGGUCGCAUCUGAAUAGGUUUGAUUUGGUGAUAACUCCUCGCCAUGAUUAUUACCCCUUGACUCCGGAGGGACAGGGACAAAUUCCUUGGUUUCUGCGGAGGUGGAUUACCCCACGUGAACCACCUGGCAGUAAUGUGGUUCUCACAGUGGGAGCACUUCAUCAGGCGGAUUUCACUGCACUUAGGAAUGCUGCAUCUGCCUGGCAUGCUGAAUUAGCACCACUUCCGAGACCUUUGCUUGUGGUUAAUAUUGGAGGCCCUGCAAGAAACUGUUCAUAUGGUAUCAAUCUUGGGAAAAGGUUAGCAGCUAUGCUGCAGAAUGUUCUUUGGAGCUGUGGAUGUGUGAGAAUAUCUUUCUCUAGGAGAACUCCUGAGAAGUUGUCCAGAAUUUUGAUGAAAGAAUUCAGUACUAAUCCAAAAGUCUACAUUUGGGAUGGUGAAGGUUGUAAUCCACACAUGGGCCAUUUAGCCUGCGCGGAUGCUUUUGUCAUCACAGCGGAUUCAGUCAGUAUGUUGAGUGAGGCUUGCAGUACCGGCAAACCUGUUUAUGUGAUCGGUGCUGAACACUGUACGUGGAAGUUCGCAGACUUCCAGAACUCCCUGCAGGAACGAGGAGUGGUUCGACCGUUCACUGGUAAAGAAGACAUGUUCAAGUCUUGGAGCUAUACACCACUCAAUGACACAGCAGAGGCCGCCAGUCGGGUGAAGAUGGCACUUGCUGAGCGUGGAUGGAGCAUAUAG